AUGCAGCUCACCAGAGCGCUUGAGCUCCUGGUCUUGGGGUUAUCUGCUCUGUCUGUCGCUGACGCCACAUUCAUCAACAUUAACCUCGUGGGCCGCGAUGGAAAAGCAAUUCAGCAGAGACAAACUGAUGACGACGCGGACACCGAUGCCACCACCUCCACCACCAGCACAGCCCCUCCACCGGUAACAACAACGACGCCCACAGGGGCAACCACGACCGCCCCGCCUACCCGAACUUCGACUUCCGCACCACCCCCCGUGACCACGUCCACAAGCAGCUCAUCAACCCCCCAAGCCGAGACUUCGUCGACGUCCAACCCGCCGACCGAGACCAGUUCUUCGGGUGACCCAUCGUCAACGACUGAGCCUCCCUCAUCGGCUUCUUCACCUACUGAAAGCGAAGAGCCGGCUACUCCGACAACCACCACCAUCGUCGUGGUGACCCAGUUACCCGAUGGCUCCCAAUCCACCUUUACCAGCACGAGCGUUACAACGCCCACGGCCACACCGGGUCUCGCAGGCAACGGCGGCCAGUCAUCGGGCAUGUCGGAGACGACGCGCAACACGGUCAUCGGCGUGGUCGUCGGCGUCGGCGGAGCCAUCAUCCUCGGCGGUCUGGCGCUGGUCGCCUGGCGGAUUUGGGGCCGCAAGAAGCAUCAGGAGGAGAACGACGGCCUGAUGGAUUACGGCAGCGCGGUCGAAGGGAAGCCCGAGAAUGGCAAUUCCAUGAAUGGUCGCACCCCCUUUCAAAGUACUCUCGAGAGCUACCACGCGCCUACGCAGGUCAACACGGCGGCAAACUUUUAG